AUGGCAGCAGCAAAUGAGGAACUCGUUCAACUUGUCACAAAUCAAGCACGUGAUUUGUUGGCUCAAAUUCGAAAAGAUAUUGAUGAAACAUCCAAUCUUACUGAAGAUGAUCGCAAGAAUUGUGAGGCAAUUUGUCAACGAGUUGAAAAUGAACACGCACGAUUAAAAAUUGAAUUUCUACGUGAAUCCUUGAACUUAAUUGAUCAAGCCUUGCAAACUUCAGAUGAACAACAACUUAAACAAAUUCAUCAAGCAUGGUCAUGGACAUUAGACAAUGUCACACGUCAGUGUGAAAACUUUGCUGGCCCAUUAGUUGAAGUAUUACGAAUAUUGUCACGAAAUAAUCCAGAGAUGGAAACAAAAUAUGCAACUUUCAUUACUGAUUCAUUUGCUUUGAAAUUGAUAACUGGAACUUACACUGGUGCAACGACGGGUGCUGGCAUUGACGCAGUUGUUGGCGGACCUCUUGGUGCUGCAUUCGGAGGAAUUGCAGGAGCCGCUUAUGGAACUGCUUUUGGUGCACUUUGGGGAGCCUGGCCUACCAACAAAGAUUGA